AAAGAUUUCUUCCAGUGAGCAUAUGAGAAUUGGUGGCAGUGAAGAGAUGGCCUGGAUGCAGAUCUGUGAGCCUACUGAAAAGGAUAAAGGGAAAUAUACAUUUGAGAUAUUUGAUGGCAAAGAUAACCAUCAAAGGUCACUUGAUCUCUCUGGACAAGCUUUUGAUGAGGCAUUUGCCGAAUUCCAGCAACUCAAGGCUGCUGCAUUUGCAGAGAAAAAUCGUGGCAAGGUGAUUGGUGGGUUACCUGAUGUGGUAACUAUAAUGGAAGGCAAGACUCUAAAUUUGACUUGUACUGUAUUUGGAAAUCCUGACCCAGAAGUUGUUUGGUUCAAGAACGACAAGGACAUUGAACUCAACGAACACUUUGUGGUCAAAGUGGAACAAUCCAAAUAUGUCAGCUUAUCCAUCAAAGGGGUGACCUCCGAAGAUUCGGGAAAAUACAGCAUCAAUGUUAAGAACAAAUAUGGUGGGGAAAAAAUAGAUGUCACUGUGAGUGUGUACAAACAUGGUGAACAGAUACCUGACAUUUCUCCUCCCCAGGCAGCUAAACCCAAGCUGAUACCAGCAUCCUCCUCCACUCUGGAGUAAUAAGAGAAGCAUCUUCCUUAAUGUGGAGAAACGUUCGGAAGGCAAAAUGCUUUAUCUGAGUAGUAUAUAAAUAAGUUGUAGUAGAGUGCUGUGCAGAUAGAGAAGUGAUUACGGGUUAUGCUUUGAAGAGUGUUUCAGCUUGCUUCUGUAGAGACACCUAAAAUUCUCUCUUUGGAGGAAAUCAACCAAAUGACAAAAACAAUAGAAUAGGAAAAGUUAUGUACCUGACUCUGAAAGUCAUGUGAGAUGAUAAUUAGCUUUUCAUUAGUUUGACUAUUGGAAAUCAGCAUCUAAGAACACCAAGAGCAUGUUAUUGUUGUGUGGACACCUGCAGUCCAUGCUGGUAGUGUUGUUGGUAGCUAGUCUAUGGUCUUCAGCAUUAUGUUUGCCUUUAGAGUCACUGAAAACACGGGUUACCUGGAUAUACCUUGUUUUUCUUGCUUUGGGCUAAUAAAGCUUUAAAAGGCA